AUGGCUCCAAAGCUACCUUUCACGACGAGAACAACGGCGGGUCGCGAGACGGGCCGAUGCAUGUCGGUGGCUGCGAUGCAGGCGCUGCACCGGCUGCGCGAGUGCCGGCUGCUGUGCGACGCGAUCGUGCGUGCCGACGAUGGCGCCGCGUUUCCCGUCCACCGCGCCAUAUUGUCGGCCUGCAGUCCCUACUUUCUGGCUCUGUUCACGACGACGCUACACUCCCGCGAGCAGAGCGAUGUCCUGAUCUCCGGCGUCCGCUCCGAGAUACUGCUCCUCCUCAUUGAGUACGCCUACCUCCGGCGCAUCGACGUCACUGACGGCAACGUCCACGAACUCCUCAUGACUGCUGACUUCCUUGCGUUCCUUGGUGUGCUGCAAAUCUGCUGCGAUCAUCUCCGCACCUCGCUUAACCCUAGGAACUGCCUCGGGAUCAUGACGUUUGCCAGGUAA